AUAUGGGAUAAUUACAGAAUGGGAGCUUUUUGAUGUUAUUUCUAAAAAUGAAAUAAUUAGGCCUAAGAGGGCUUUCCUAUGGCAGUCCUCUCACUCCAUACUUUCACUUGGUGUCAAAGAGACUAUAAGCUACCACACCAAAUGCAAUCAGUGUGGCAUCUGGGACUCCAUAAGAGGCCACUGUUUCUCUAACUUUAGCUAACCAGUACACUUCCUGUAACUGGCUUUGGAUUAAUUAUCAAAGCGAAAGGGUCCGGUUACUCUCCAGCUUGUUUUAGAAUCACUCUCCCUUUCACUCCUGGCUAGCAGAAGUGUCCCUUGCUGCACGGAGAUCAUUCCAGCAUAGGAAACAAACCCCAACAACUUUCUCUUUUGACAAAUACAGGCAGGGACCUCAUGGGGUUAGCUUCCACUGUUUGAAGAAGCUUGUAUAUCAUUUUUCAACUGAUGAUUCCUAAUUUGCUUGAUAUAUGUACCUUUUACACCUUUUCCUUGACAAGUCAACCAAGAUUGAGUGGUUUUCAAUUGUGGCCCGAAGUGUAGAAGAGAAACAGAACGAGGAAGAACAUCAUUUGAAGAUUUCACAGAAAGAAGAGACUGGCAUAUUUACUCUGUUGUGGAGUCCUCUGGGAUAAACAGUCACUGACAUCAGGCACCUUAACUGAGUGCAUUUUACAUUUCAAGUUUCAGACACAGCCUCACAGCAAAGAGGAACCUCUCUAAAAACUUGACCAGAUGCAAGCCUGAUCUUUCUCUUUACCUUCCUUCCCCAGAGACAACUACUAUCAAGAAUCCGGCUCUUGGUGGAACCAUAGGGCUGCCAAGUCACAUCUGCCCACAGCUGCUGUCAUUCGCAUGCCUGGGCACUGAGGUCUGACCGCGACCCUGGCAAGGACCGGCCCUACCGCCUUGGAGGAAAUGGCUGAGCAGCCCAAGCCACAGCAGAUGAAAACUUCCUUCCUCUUCAUCCAGCUGCAGGCCCCCCCUGCCGGAGUUUUCCCCGCCCUGUCUCCAGCAGCUACUGCCUGGAUAGCAGCCCCAGGGGGCCCAGAGGAGGGACACGUUUUCCAAAGUCCCAGGACAGGCUUCUUGGCAGGCCGGGACCUUGGACACACUCAGGGCUUGGCUGCCCCUCCCUCGAGCCUGCUGCCAAAGGAGGGCCGUGGGACAGAGCAACCAGCUGCUUUCGGUUGCUCUGCCCAGAAGGAGAAGGAGGGAGAGGAGCAACCUCAGGAGCUGGGUGUGCGGAGGGGUAGCCUCUGCGGUUCCCCACGUUGCAGGCUGUCCCUGGCCCCUGCCUCCAGGAACCUUGGCCAGUUCCAGCUCCCGUCAUGCAGACCUCCUACCCCUGAUGUCAUCAUGAGCAAUGGAGGCAGCAGUCCCUCCACAUGCUGGAAGGAAUGGCCAGUUGUUACUGUCCCCCAGGACUCGGGGGGCAUGGACCCUCAGGCUUGGAAUGCUUUGGAAGGCUCAAUUCCACAGGCCACCCUGGCCCAUGCUGCUGACUGGGGUGGAAGGGCCGUAGUGAGGAUGGGUGCUGCCACCUGCCAAGUACUCCCGAAGAGCUACACAGAGGGCCCAGGUACCUGUGUGUGGGCCAGGAGGGCGACGCUCUACAGAUACUGUCCACCUGUUCAGACCAGCAGGAGCUACCCGGCCCCACCUACCACUCUGCCUCUCAAGGCAGAGACAUUUGUUUGGGGUAACAAUGCAUCAGCACAUUCCCAGAGUGUUGCCAAGGCCAAAUACGAGUUUUUAUUUGGCAGAUCUGAAGAGAAAACUCCAGAUACUAGUGAUCAUGGAGGAAGCACUUUACUGCCACCAAAUGUCACAAAUGAAUUUCCAGAAUAUGGCACCAUGGAGGAAGGUGGAGAAGGCCUAAGAACCUCUCUCGAGUUUGAUGCAGAGUCUCUGCCAUGCUGCCCGCAGGGGCAGGAGGGCGUGCGGCUUCUUGCUGGCCCCCACUCCGGGCUCAACAGUGUUACAGCAGGACCAAAAGGUGUUGGAGAGGUCCCCUCUCACAGCCACCUCACGGAGCAACGUUUACAGCCCAUAGACUCUUUGAUUUCAGCUCUGAAAGCUACUGAAGCCAGAAUAGCUUCAGGAACGCUACAGGCUACAAUGCUACUGGACAAAGAUGCUGUUUCUGGUUCUCCAGUUCAGCGGCUGGAAAAAGAGCUGGGCACUUCCAGUCAUCAAACACAGAGAGCCAGCGGCAGCACACUGUUCCCUGCUGGCCAAGAAAAACCACCUUAUAUACCUCUCUCAGCCGAAGUUACGACGGAGGACCGUUUUCAUUUGAGCAUCCAGAAGGACCUGGCAGUGCUGUUAACUGCGGAGACUCAGGCGAACGCUGGGAGGAAAGGGGCUGUCCGUGUGCAGGAGUCAGCUCGUCCAGCGGCCUCGCUGGGGAGCCCAGCAACCACCCACAACUCUGUGGGCAGUGCGGGUGUUUUGAGAGAGUGGAGGUCUGACCUGGGGAGAGAGCACCUGGCGGGACAUGAUCGAGGCAGCUCCACAGGCCGCCCAGGCCGGGUCAAACACGUGGAAUUUGAAGGGGUGGACAUACUAUGGACAAGAGGGGAGAAAAGAGAGACACGGCAGCCUGUGGAUUUGGAGACAAAAUCUACCUCUCCUGAAAGCAAGGGGCUUUCCGAAGUGCCAAGCCAUGUCGUCUCCUCUGCUGGUUUGUACAGUUCAGCCAGCGCCACUGAGAGUGUUGAGGGCGAAGCCUGGGGAGGUCCGUCAGCGAGGCCUGCCUCGGGGUCAGAAACAUUUUCCCCUGUGCCUCUUGUUGAGAGUGGAGAGGAUGAAGUCUUCCUAAAGGAAAACAAAGGCCAUCUUGAGAAGAGAUCUGACCGGGAGAGAGACAAGAUGAGGAUCCCUGAACAAGAGGAGCACCUUGUGGGAGGAGACGAUGAUCUCCUCGGCCCCGGGUACACGGAGGACUCCACGGACGUGUACAGCUCCCAGUUCGAAACCAUCCUGGACAACACCUCCCUGUACUACAGCGCCGAGUCCUUGGAGACGCUGUACUCGGAGCCCGACAGCUACUUCAGCUUCGAGAUGCCCCUCACUCCGAUGAUACAGCAGCGCAUUAGAGAAGGCACUCAGUUCCUGGAGAGGACGGCAGCGGGAGGACAGCAGGACCUCCUGGGCGUCUCGGCAGAUGGCAGAAUAGUGAUGGGCUACUCUUGCGGGAUCACCAACGGGCUCAGUGACGCUGGGGACUCCAGCUACGUGAAGGGCGCCCCGGAGAUUGCCUUGUGGGGAAGUUCUCACAGCCAUGCUCAGGUGAAAACAGCCCGGCUGGAGGCUCAGUCUGAAAUGGGGAACACUGAAAUUCUGGAAAGGGAGCCCUUGGAGAAUCUCAGCAAUGGCACCAGCAGCAACGUAGAAGCUGCCAAAAGGCUGGCCAAGCGCCUUUAUCAACUGGACAGAUUCAAAAGGUCGGACGUCGCAAAGCACCUCGGCAAGAACAAUGAAUUUAGCAAACUGGUUGCAGAAGAAUAUCUGAAGUUUUUUGAUUUCACGGGAAUGACGCUGGAUCAGUCUCUCAGGUAUUUCUUUAAAGCAUUUUCUCUUGUGGGAGAAACUCAAGAACGAGAAAGAGUUUUAAUACACUUCUCCAGUAGAUAUUUUCAUUGUAACCCGGACACCAUUGCUUCACAAGAUGGAGUCCACUGCCUCACCUGUGCAAUGAUGCUGCUCAACACGGACCUGCACGGCCAUAAUAUUGGAAAGAAGAUGACCUGCCAGGAGUUCAUUGCAAACCUCCAAGGUGUUAAUGAGGGUGCUGACUUCCCCAAGGAUCUACUGAAAAUAUCCCUGAGAUGGAAUGGUAUUAAAACUUCGCUGGAAGAAAGACUUGCCUUUCUUUGUGUUUAUGAAGGAGAAUGGAGAUGAAUGAGGACAAACGAGAAAAUGAGGCUACUGUCACACAGCACAAUGGCUCACAUGCUUUCAAAGUGAUAAACCUCUUCUUACCCAAUGAUAUUUUUGUCCAGGCUCCAUUGGACUAGUUCCUUGGGACUCAGGAUGUUCUCCUCACAGCUCCUCUUUGGUAUGUAAACCCACCUGCAGCCACUUUUUGGCAAAGGUCGUGCAUGAAUAGCACCGCUGUUUCCUAUACUCAAAUUCGGAGGUUUCAGGAGGGGGUGGCGUGCUGUGGCAUUGCACUCUGAGGCAGGGGAGAGGAGCUGCCUGUGCAUAGGAUUGACUGCGUCACUGUCUUCGUUUAUUUGUUUUAUUUCUCAACUGUUGGAUAUUUCGAUGCUUGUUUCUGUUAGGACAAUAGGUUAGAAACAUUGGUCUUUUAAAAUCAUGACCCUAAAAAGUAGAUGUUCUCAUUCUUUAAAAGGAACAUUUAAUUUUUUUCCUACCUUUUUACAGUUUUUACCUGGUACCAAACCCUUGUAUCUUUUUUGCAUAAGAUGUACAUUUAGCCAAAGGUACUAAGAGGUGCACUGGUGGUUCUACCUCCUCAUUCCUCUGGGUUCUCUUUCUGUAUUUUUGAAGAAUCCUAAUUAGUUGUUUGUAGUCAAGGUUGCUGUCCACACAGAUACAGCCUGCACUGCGUCUUCCACCUGUUCAUUCUUUUUUGACUGAACAGUCAAGGGCAGGAGAUGGGGUAUAUUGGCAAGAAAAGGCGCUUAAUUCCGGUCAUCUUUCAUUUUCUUUCUCUUGAUUUCUUCCAUAUUAUUCUGGUUUCCAGAAAUGGGGUUUGUGGUGCAUUGUUUGCAAAGAUGGCUAGCUGGAGUUUUCCCCAUCCUUGUAUGCACAUGCUGUCCUACCCAUCAAGAGGCAGAGUCUCUAUCCCCUUGAAGUCUGGGCUGGCCUGGGUGACAGAAUGUGGCAGAAGUGAUGCCGUGACAAUUGCAGACUUUAAGAAGGGGCAGUUUCUGAGCCACCAUGUAAGGAAGUCAGCCCAAGCUGUCCUGCUGGAGAGCGGGAAGCAUGCUUGUCGCAGGAACAUGGAGGUUCUGCAGUCUGCAGCCAGCACUGCUCUCACACAUGGCUCUGAGGCACCUUGGAUCCUCCAGCCCCAGGGGAGCCCGGCCAACACCCUGUGGGGCAGGGACGAGCGGUCCUCUCUGAGCUCUGCCCCAAACUGCACAUCCACAGAAUUGCCAGCAAAUAGUAGAUGUUACAAGCCACUGACUUUCAGGGUAGCUUGUUGCAGAGUAGAUAACUGACAGGGUUUUUAUAUUUUCUAAAUCUUCCCCCUCUUCAGAUCUGGUUACUGUUUGUCCACGUAUGUCCAUGACCCUGUAUUUCUAAGGGGCCUACUAACUGAUGAGGAUUUGUUUGUGGUGGUAAAAUUUGUUCAGCAAAUUUUAUUAGUGGCUGUUUCUCAUUUUGUUUUUGUACCAGCUUUAUAUUUGUCUUCCUGGGAGCAGAUGUGAUGUGUCACCUGACAUGCCCCGAGAGGUCAUUUCACUGGGGCACACAGUGACGCCAAUUUUUACAGCUGUUUUAUGGUAGAGAAAAAAUCACUUCUUUCUCUCAGAAGAAAAACGGUGAAGAUGGAAAAAAAGAUUUCUUAUUUUCUCUACAGAAUGUUUCCUGCUACUAGAUUAGACCAUACUCACCUCCCAGACUCCGUGAAUAGCUGACUGUUCUAUUCAUUGGUGGAUAAAGAACAAAAGAGAAGGAUCUGGAAUUAAAAAAUGAAGCAAAGGCCAAGCCCAUCCAGGGAGUUUGCAGUGCACAUUUUCUGUUCAAAUUCUGUGUUCCCAGGAAAGCUUAGAUUUCUGGAAGGAUCUGAAACAAUUUUUUUUUCUAAUCACAUGUUUUAUUUUUAUUAAAUUGUGUUCUUCUAAAAGGGCUGAUGCUACACAAGCCACAAAUAGGUUACAUUUUAGGGAAAGUCAGUCUUUUUUUUUUAAGUAUAUUUAUUUUAUUGAUUAUACUAUUAACAGUUGUCCCAAUUUUUUCCUCCCCUUUAUCCCCUUCCACUCUGCACCCUGCCAGCUUAUAGCAUUCCCCUCCCUUAGUUCAUGUCCGCGGGUUGUACAUAGAAGUUCUCUGGCUUCUCCAUUUCCUAUACUAUUCUUAACCUCCCCCUGUCUAUUUUGUACCUACGAAUUAUGCCUCCUGGUCCCUUGUACCUUUUCCCCCAUUCUCCCCCGCCCCACUGGUAACCCUCUAUGUGAUGUGCAUUGUGUGAUUCUGCUCCUGUUCCUGUUGUUUGCUGAGUUUUUUUAGGUUUAGUUGUUAGUAGUUUUGAGUUGGUUGUCAUUUUACUGUUCAUAGGUUUUGAUCUUUUAUUUCUUAAAUAAGUCCCUUUAACAUUUCAUAGAAUAAGGGCUUGUUGAUGAUGAACUCCUUUAACUUGACCUUAUCUGGGAAGCACUUGAUCUGCCCUUCUAUUCUAAAUGUUAGCUUGCUGGAUAGAGUAAUCUUGGAUGUAGGUCCUUGCCUUUCAUGACUUCAAAUACUUCUUUCCAGCCCCUUCUUGCCUGUAAGAUUUCUUUUGAGAAAUCAGAUGAUAGUCUAAUGGGCACUUCUUUAUAGGUAACUGUCUCCUUUUCUCUUGCUGCUUUUAAGAUUCUGUCCUUAUCUUUCAUCACGAUUAACUUAAUUAUGAUGUGUGUUGGUGUGUGCUUUCUUGGGUACAACAUUUUGGGACUCUCCGAGCUUCCGGUACUUCCUGGAAGUCUAGUUUGUUCAGCAAAUUGGGGAAGUUUUUCUUCGUUAUUUGUUCAAAUAAGUUUUCCAUUUCUUGGUCUUCCUUUUCUUCUUCUGCCAUCCCUAUAAUACAGAUGUUGGAACGUUUAAAGUUGUCCCAGAGGUUCCUAAGCCUCUCCUCAUUUUUUUGAAUUCAUGUUUCUUCAUUCUGUUCUAGUUGGAUGUUUAUUUAUUGUUUUUAUUCUAAAUCGUUGAUUUGAGUUCUGGUUUUCUUCCCUUCACUUUUGGUUCCCUGUGUGUUUUUCUUUAUUUCACUUUGUAUGGCCUUCAUUUCUUCCUUCAUUUUGUGACCAAACUCAAUUAUUUCUGUGAGCAUCCUGAUUACCAGAGUUUUGAACUCUGCAUCUGACAGGUAGUCUAUCUCCUCAUCACUUAGUUCUUUUUUUGGACCUUUGAUCUGUUCUUUCAUUUGGGCCAUAUUUCUUUGUCUUGGUGCACCUGUUCCGUAGUAAGGGGCAGAGCCUUAGGUGUUCACCAGGGUGGGGCAACCCUCUUUGCUGGGUUGUGACGCUGUCUGUGGGGGAGAGGCCAGAGGGGGAGCAUUGCUGCUGACUCAGCUUUUGCCUCACUUUCUGUCUCUUCCCCCACUUCCCACAAGCAAACUGGGCCCUUCUGGUCCUGAUUCCCGGGUGGGUGCGUUUGUGUACGUUCUGGGACCCUGUGGGUCUCUCCAGUGGACUCUCCUAUGAGGCUAGGAGUUUGUACCACUGCUGCCUCAACCCCCACAGAUAUUUUCAGUCAGAGGUUUGAGGCUUUAUUUCCCUGCUCUGGGACCCUGGGUUGUGUGGUCUGUCUCCCUCCCCAGUUGUUCCUCCCAGUUUAUCCCCAUGUGAAUGUGGGACCACCCAGUCCACCACCUUGCCGAGGGUCCUCUCCACCCGGCUGCUCGUCUCCGCCCCUCCUCCCAGACUGGGUGAGUAUUUCUUAUCUCCUUGGUUGUCAAGUUCCAUGCAGUUUGAUUUCCUGGUUGUUUUUGUUUUUAAAUUAUUUGUUACCUUUCUUUGGGUUGUGUGAGGGAGCGAAGUGUUUCCACCUAUGCCUCCAUCUUGGCCAGAACUCCUCAGAAAGUCUGAAACCAUUUUUAAAAGUACGACUUUUAAUUUCCUGAGUAAAUGAAUGCUUGUUCUGGUGUCAGCUUCUAUAAGCAAUUUCCUUUGAAAGCUCAAGGUAGUGUUUUUCUCAUUUUGUUGUCAGUUUUUUGUACUUUAAUUAAAGAUUUAUUGUUUUUCCUGUUGUCUUUCUGCCUAGCAAUUUCUCUCCUCAAACUCUUCUAAAAAGUUGAUUAAAAAACAAUUACAGGAAUCAUGUUUCUUCCAGGGAAGUGAGGUUUACUAUCAAAUGGAUAGAAGAGGCUGGGUUUAGAGGAUCUAAGUUGCCUUUUUUAAUUGAUAAAAUCAUUUUGAGCCCACUUAAUGAUCUGUUUAUCGUUUCGUUUACUUCAGUGACUAUCUCAUUACACUGAUUCCACGGGAUUGGCAGUCCGCAGUGAGGUUAAUGUUUUGCUACGUGAAGUGGGUUUAUGGUGGGAGGUGGAUAAUUUUCUAGAGAGGACAGCGGGGAGUGGUUUUUAGGAACAUACUCUCUUUCCGUAGUUUCAUUUAAGAAUAAACAUAUUUUUAACCCUACUUAGGUAUAUGUGAAUUUCUACUUGGUUGUCAUCUCUCCAACUUUAAAAUGGUAUUACAGGCUAUUUAUGUAUUUUUUCAACAUUUUCAAGCAUAUAUCAAGUUUGCAUAUUUUCCUCUGAGUUACAUUUUAAAUCUCUGAUAAAUGAGGGCAGUAUACUCUGGACCUCUAAGAAGCUGGUUCCACUGGACAGUAUUUAGAAAUGGUUUUCGUUGUUACAACUCGAGGUGGGCAGGAGCUAUGCUGUUCAGUGGAUAGAGGCCAGAGCUGCUGCUAAACAUUCUGUGGUGCAUGGUGUCUGGCAUGCAGGGUGAUCAAUAAGUGCUUGUCGAAUGGACGGGUGAGACAUCAGUGAAUGUCACAGUGGACAUAGCGUGCCUUCUUUCUUUCUCCUCAAAGGCACUGAGGUAGGCUCGUUAAGGAUCAGAUUGCUAGUUCAGAGAUAAUCCAUGGUUGUCUUGUUAAGAUCAAGGGUUUUUGCAUUUCCUCCACACAGUGGCAAGAAUCAAAGCUAGAUAAUUUUUUAUUUACAUAUAAUGUGGUGCAUGCGUGUGUGUUUCUAUUGGAGAAUACGUGCCACUAUCAGCCAGAGAGAUGGAUUAACAGAUGAGAAUUGAUGGUGGCAUAGGGGGAAUAUGCCAUUGGUACUUUCGUCCCUAAAGUUGCAGGUACUCCUUUUGUUGUCCUGUGGUUUUGGACUGAAUCAGAAGAAAGCCGUACUUUGGUAUAGUUCUUACUUUUGAGAGUCAAGAGCUAGUAUGCCUGACAGUGCCCCUAUUUUAGAAAUGGGGAAUCAUUUUCUGCUUUAUAAUGCUUUUUUUUCCUAGUCUCCCUGGAAUUUAGCUUUUGCUAUUUUAAUGAAAGAGGAAAUAAGUGAAUGUGAUAAUGAGGGGUUUUUUUGGGGGGGUAGAGACAUUAUUUAAUGCAUUGUAGCUAUAGUACUAUUUAAAUUGUGUUAGUAAUUUCCUCAAUAGGAACGUUUAGCAGGGGAUUUAUUCCCCCGUCCUGCAUAGUAGGUUAGCAACAGGAGUAGGAAGGAGUAUCCCCCAGAAUGGCAUUUCUAAUUUUUCUUGGUGCUCUCAUUUCAUUCAUGGCCCAGAGUAAGUGUUUGCGUAACUAUUUUGAGGAAGAAUAAUGUUUAAAGAUGAUGUACAAGACAGAUAUUGGGUAGCUUUUCUUAAUACAGUGAAUACUAAAUACUAAAAGUUGUCCAGUUAAAACCCAUACCUUUUCUAAUGCGUACUUAGAAAACGGGUGCUUUGCAUUCUGGGUAUACCUUUUCUCUUGUUGCGUACUUACUGUGAUGACAUGUUCUCAGGAGCACUGCAUCUUCUCCCAAACAAGAUACCACAUUUGGAUAGAACUUUGUUUUGACUAUGGACUAAUGUUAAGAACUGCUAUGGAUUAAAGGAACCAAUUAAUUUGAAGCAAAAGUAAAAAGGGAAUCAAAGCCAGUUUGAGCUGUUUCCUUAGCUCAUUGCUUAAGUGUUUACAAAUUUCCUGGUAAUUACAAGAUUUUUUAGGAUUGUAGAUUCUGAGGGGAGUCCAGUUCAAAAAUCUCUGCUGACUAGCCAAGGAAGUUUGGAGUCUCAAAGGAAAAAUAAAAUUAGAGACAAGGUUUGUAUAGUUGAUGAAAUGUCCUUCAUUUAAAUAUAUUAAUCUCUUUGUUCAGUUGUUACAUUUUAAAAGUUAUCCCCUGCUUCCUUGGAUGGGAAAGGGGAGGGAAGAAUCAAAGUUUUCGAUUAGCCUUUUGAGUACUGCAUUUUUUGAACCGGCAUUUUUGAGAUGCAGAGUAAACACAAGACCACAGGGAAUUUAUCCUGUGGUUUUUCCAUGAGAAAUUUCUCAUCUAGACUGAGAGCUGACACACGAAGCCUCUUGCUUUCCUUUGGCCCGCCCCAGCUUUCUUUUCAUAUUCAUUCUGAAAGCUCAUCCUUUUUUUUUUUUUCUUUCUUUCUUUUGGUGAGAAAGGAGCAACCAGAGGUGAUUCCAAGACCCUUCAGACUGUGGCCCCUGCCGACUCUGCAGCUUCAGCUCUUUUCCUGCCCAGUUUGUGCUUGAAACUGUAGACCCACUAAACUCCUUUCAAUUCCCCGAACACUUUUCCACUCUCUCAUUUCCAGGUCUUCAUCCAUCUACUCAGUUCCCUCUGCCUCAAACACCCCUCCCUAUUUUUUAUGGGGCUAAGUCAUACUCAUCCUUCGAGUCUUCCCUUAGCUGUCCCUUCCUCUGAGAAGUCUUCCCUGUUAUUGAAGUCCAACUUAAGUGGUUUGUUUUUUUAUGCACGUCUGUAACCCCUGGUUUUUAAUUGGCUUUAAUGUUUACACCAGGCUGUGAGUUUGCAGAUGGCGAAGGCCGUGUUGGUUGUGCUCCUUGUUGUAUCACCAGUGCCUGCCAUGGAGCUUGACACAUAGCAGGCUCCCAGCCAUUCACUGAGCACUUAUUUGAUGAGUGUUUAAGUGAUAAACUGUAUGAGGAGAGAAACCAGUGGAAGAUAGAAGUGAUCAGCGAAAAUGGGGACUUGACCUGAAUGAUAAGCUCCCCCGUGGAAGGAGUUUGACACACUCUUUCCUACUUCCCUUCCUCCCUCUUUUCUCUUCUUCUUGUAACUCAUUCAUUCACCCAGCAAAUAUAUUUCUGAGGGUCUAAUAUGUUUCAGCAUUAGUCUAGGUGCUGAAGAGAGAACAGUGAAAAAUCCCUGCCCUCAUGGCAUUUAAAUUCCAAUGAACUAAUGGAUAAAGAAUGAGUUUAAAUGUGAGUACAGAAAUUAGUUUAGCAGGCUGGCAGGGUGUUGAGGAGGCCAGUUUGAUGGGUGGGGUGUGUUGCAAAGUCAGAUUUUGAAUGCUUCCCUUAAGAGGAUAAUUUUACUUUGGAAAGUAGGUGGGUAAUGGAGAAGUAUAUAUAGCUUUUGAGCAAAGGAGGUUUUUAGUCUGUAAUUAGUAUGCAGAAACUGAAAGUAAAAAGGCCAACUUAGACAUGAUUGCCAAAAUAGGGGUUAAUAAUACCCAGUUUGCCAUAGAGUAGUGACAGAGAGGUAAAGAUGAACGGAAGAGACUUCUUAUUUUGCAGAGUGGGGGGAAUGUAUGUAUUUGGACUUCUCGUUUCUAAAGAUAAUCUCCUUAAUGGCAAACUAUCUGGAUAGAGGAGAUAAAGGACAAAGAUAAAUUAUAGCUAUAAAUUUAGAGCCCAGAGAAGCAGUGGGAACACUAAGAAAGACAGGGCAGUAGUUGGGGAUGGAAUGAAGGCGUUUGCGUAAUUUGAAUCUUAGAUGUCAACAGACUUAGGUCCAUUCAUUUGAUGUUUAUUGAGUUCCCUCUCUGUACCGUGCUCUGGGUGCCAUAAAGGUGCUCCAGACACGUGAGGCCUGGGCUGUCACAGAGUUUACAAUCUACUGGACAUCCAGCUAAGAGGAUGGAGUUGUAGGUCAGUGUUUGGGAAACUUCUGUUGAUAAAAGUAUGACUUGAAGCCUUGGGAGUAGAUGGGGAUUUGGAUCUAGGUAGCAGAAAAUCCUGUAAUUGUUUUAAUUUUACAUCUGAUGUUUGAUAUAAUAUAAUGAUUGUAAUUGUUAUAUAGCAAUUGCUAGCAAAAUAAAGAGAUCAAAAACACCAGGAAAUUACUGUGCAUCUUUUAACCAGCUUUAUUUGUUUUCCAAAAAUGGAAGAAAAAAGACAUUUCUUUGUCUUUAAAUUCUAAGCUGUCAUUUUAUUAAAGUUCAGUAACUUAAUGUCUCUGCCUGCUUAUUACUUGGCAAUAUUUCACUAGCUCACAGAUAUCAAUUUAGGCUGCUCUCUGCCAAAUGCAUGAAAGAAAUAGAGGUCAGUAAUUCAUAUGAUAUUUUAAACAGAUUUAGCAUGAGUGCCUUUCUGGGUUUAGGAAAGCCGUGGAUGAGUAAAGAGAGACCCACGGUCACAGCUUCUCCCGUUGUCUUCAUCUUCUGUCUUUCAGUAAUGGCCAUGAACUGGGAGGUUAGUGUCUUGGCUCAGAGCUGAGAUGGUUUGGCAUCGAUUCUUCUGUUGCUCUCUCAAGCUGUUUUUUUUUUUUUCUUUUCCAUCCCCGAGAACAGCACUCUCAGUGGGUGUGGAAGUGGGACGGGACAUGAAGCAAUGGUUUGCAUUGCAUUGCCUGGCGACAGCUUGGCAUUUCUUCCUUUUUUCUUUCUCUCUGCGUCAUUGCCACUGGUGCCACUAAUUUUACUUUCCUUCCCCACCCUGUGUCUUCAGAGUAGCUCAGCGUCUCAGCAUUCGAUUUUCUUUGGAGUUGUGGCAGCGUUCUACAGUAAUAGCCUAGGAGACGUUACUCAUCCAUCCCAUCCUGCAGGGUUAGUGCUGGAGGAAGUCCCUCUGGCUGGGUCUUCGGCUUCCUCUCUCUGUUGUCUUUCCCUUUGGAGCACAUCCUAAAAACAGUUAGACUGAGGGCCCUUGAACAAUGCAAGGGUUGGGGCACUGACCUCCUGUGAUGUUGAAAACCCACAUGUAACUACAGGUUAUGUCUGCAGACUCGCACCCCAACAGCAGAGCUGAUCCUUAAACAGCACAGAUUUGAACUGUGCAGGUAAACAUCUAUGCGGUUCAAACCAGUGUUUGUUCAAGGGCCCCUUGUACUCUGGAUGUCAAGGCACCGAAAGGAGGGAGAACUGGGACAUCCAGUGGGAGGGGGCGGAGUGCCAACCCCAUUGCCUCCUGUGAUUCCAGAAAUUAAAGGCUGGUCCCCUUGAAGGAAGUCUAGAGGUUUUUCCCCCUUAGAACAAAGUGUGACUGAGAGACCUGGUUUCCACCUUUCUUCAGAUCCCAGCCAAGGAAAUCUGCCAUGUCAGUUUCUUCCAAGCCCUGAUCCCACUUCCCUCUCCCUCUGUAACCGUUCCUGUCCCCUAUCUGUAGCCUCUCUUCCCAAAGCUGUUUUCUACAUUUCCUAAAGAAGAAAGAGUUCUUGGAGCUUGUGUUGACUUUGACCUUAAAGGAUGGGUAGGAUAAAAUCGGGGUAGGGUGGAGAGUCAGUAAAUAGAACAUGUUUUCUGCAUUGAAAGCAUAAUGAAAGGUUCUUUGGCAGAAAAAAUUAACAACAACAAGGAAAUUAGGAUUUGCUCAGUGAUCUCCUACAUGGGAGAUCACUUUAUCUUAUAAUCUCGUGUACUAAGUUUUCUUUUUUUGCCACCCCAGAACUGGUGACUUCGCCCAAGCACAGCUGCCCACUGCAGGUCCCCCAGGGCCCUGGUCCUGUGAUUGGGGCUGUCCUUGGUCCGCUUCCUCCCCCUUGUGUCCGGGAGCUCAUGCUGCUCGUCACCUCUCACUGGUUAUUUUACUCAUGCGUUCCUUCGUUCCUCCAUUUAUUCACAUGUGCAUUUGUUCUAGAAUCAUUCGUUAAGCAGUACCUACCUUUUUCACAUUAAAUAUUGCACGCCACAUUAACUUUUAUGCAUCCUCCGGGAAGAAUUAUAAAGAGACUUCUAUCCUUAACAUCACCGCCAUUUGUUUUGGUGCCCACUCUGUUGUUGCCUUAUUUUUCUUUGGUACCCAACCCCUGUCACAGGCCUCAAUAAUAGGCGUCGCCCCUCUGUUUGCUCUGAUGCCAGGAUCUCUAGUCCCUGUGACACUUCCACCCUCACCUGCUAAUAUGUGACCCAAACCCUAGGCACAUAUUUUUGUCUUCUCACAACAGACAUAAAAAGAACAUACAUCUGUUCCUUUUAUGUCUCUUGUGAUUAACCUUCGAAAAGAUAACCUGCUAUGUAACUCUCUUCAAGUGUGUGUGUUUACAGUCCUGUAUCCUAUAAACAAGGCAACAGCAGGCUUCCACAGCUGCUCUGAAGUAAUAGAUACAGAAGUUGCCUCUCCAAUUCAUUUCUGCUUCAGGGAACUGCGAGGUGAUUUAAAAUCAAUAAUUGGUUUUUCAGUGACAGUAUGUGGGAGAACAACUCUUCUCUAUAAAAAAUCAAAAGAAAAAAGUUCUUCAAAUAUAUUAAUUUGUUUCUAUGUAUGUGGCUUUUGUAGGGUUCUUGAUAAAGGGCUACUGGACUUUGCUACCUACAAAUUUCAUUAUUUCAUCAACAGUACAGUGCCACCGGACUGUUACCGUGUGCACAGCACUGGGAGAAAUGGCGUGAGAGAUGCCGAGGAAACAGGUUUUGUUCUUUCCCUGGGAACUCUGUGUGUGUAUGUUUACAUGUAUGUACAUGUGUGCUUUGUACAUUGGAGAAUUAAAACAGAAAGGGACCCCUGUCGUAUGUCUUCUUUGUAUUUCUUUCAGCGUGUUGCUUAGCAUUAGGCAUUCAGUAGAUCUUCAGAAGAGGAGUGCCUACGGAACUAGUCUGGAUUGCAUUAAACUACCCUUUUAAUGACUUGCUAUGAGAUGAGAAAUCCAAAAAGGAAGGAAAAGUGACAUUCAUAUAUGCACAAAGGCAACUGAGGAAGUUGCAUGGGCGAAUCUGCCUGUGUGUUACUUACAGCACGUAGCUUUCUCUGAAGAUGAACAACAGCAGUGUCGAUAGUUAUGUCUGGUUUUUUUCAGAAGAGCUGAAGUGCGGGUGGAAUUUGCAACCAUCUACCUCCCACUCGUGCCUGCAUUCAUGCACAGGCACAGGGAGGAAUAUCGUGGGUCACUGCUGAGAGGUCAGAGCCUGACUGUGUUAUUCAGCGCAGGAGGGUUUUUCCCCCCGAAUGCCUUGUCCACUUGCAUGCUAGUGCUAUGGAAAAACAUUUUUAAAGUAAGGCUUCUCAUGUAUGACCUUAAUAUUACAGUUUAAGUGGGGAAACAAAGCUGAUAAUGUACAUGCAACAACUAGCAAAGGACAGAAGACAUUCUAUAAUUGGUGCAAAUUAUGGGGUUCACAUAAUUGUGCUGUAAGAGCUCUGAAAAUGAGAGCUUGUUUGGUGCAUGUCGCUCCAGGGAAGCUCUGUGGGGUGGAUGAAAUAUGAGUGGCCCAUAUAGGUAGGUGGGAUUUAGUUGGAUGCAAAGGGUGCGUGUGGCGAAGAGGAAAGAACAUCCUGGGGUUGGAGAAAAGCCGGACCUGGGUGAUGGGAGGGAGCCCAGUGUUAGCGUUGGAUGGCAGUGAAGGCGGCCUGCCUGAGGUCAGGCUGCACAGGUCCAACAGUUCUGAGAGGAUGUGCCACUGGUCAGAGACAGUGGAACAGCGUCCGGGGGACCGGGGGGGUCGAUGUGCUGUCCUGGCCCCAUCGACAGGUGCUACUGCAUCUUCCUCCAUCUUGGCAUCAGGCUUUUGGAAGUGAGAUUGACAUCUUUCUCUACUGAUUAUAUUUAGAUACAUUUGUUCACAUCUGUACUCCCUUAAAGUGGGAAUGAAGGGGGAGGAAAUGGAGAGAAAGAGUUCCCGUUUGCUCAUUUCUUAAAGAUUGAGUUUAUUCUUAGUGCAGAUCUGUGUUACCCAGCCGAAGGGAAAGCUUUGCAAGGCCAUUUAGGGGAGAGACCUCUAAGAUUAUGAGCUAUGAUUAGUGUUUUUACUGUGCUACAAGAGAACAUAUAAGAACAUGUACAUUUUAAAAUUGUGGUUUAACUUUUAUAUUUAAAGCUCUGUACAGUAGACCAAGCAAAGGAAGGGCAAGUGUUGCUUCUUUAAAAGAGGGAAGAACCUGCUCCUUGUCGAAUUAGGGAAGUCUCUAAGGCUCUGCCACACACUUUUUAGUCCCACUGACAUAUUACUCCCACAUCCUUGUGGGUAGUAAAGUUAAAAAUUUUUAAGUGUUCUUUGAUUUGUUCCACCCACUGAUCUAGUAGACAUUUAAGUUCAAUACUGCAGCUAGGAGAAAGGGAAAUUGAAAUAUAAUUUAUACUUAUUUUGUUUAAAGUCUCAAGAGUCACAGACUCUAUGUCUGCACUAGCUUAGAAAUUACAACAAUAAAUCGGCUUCCGUUUUAGAAUGUGUUGUUAGUCAUCGCGCUUUAGAUUACAUGGCGUUACUAUUUGUGACCUACUUAAAAUGGUUGCCCCUGCAGUGGGAACAGUAUGUGUGCGCACACUGGUCGACGUGAAGGCUUUUUUAAAACUGCCCUUUGCCCUGGCUGCUGUGGCUCAGCGGGCCUGUGAACCGAAGGGGUGCCCCAGGUCUGGUCCCCAGUUGGGGGCAUGUGAGAGGCAACCACACGUUGAUGUUUCUCUCCCUAUCUUUUCCCUCCCUUCCCCUCUGUCUAAAAUAAGUAAGUGAAAUAUUUUAAAUAAAUAAAUAAAUAAAUAAAUAAAUAAAUAAAUAAAUAAAUAGAACUGUCUUUUGAUUGCAACCAUAUUUUGAACAUGAAGAGGUUAAAUAAAUAUACAAGUAGACUGUGAAUCUCUAUGGGCUGGAUUUUUUGGAGUGAAGAAGUGUGAUGAUGAAUCUUUGUCUAGGGAAGCACUUAGUAAAUAGUGUAAUAAUUAAAUGGCUCCCCUCUGCUCUGUGUUGAGAUAACUCUGUAUUACAGUUUAACACAUUUUUCAGAGCGAUCAUCUGUUAUGUGGAGCAAUUCCCAGAGCAUCAGCCAAGAGACUCAAGCCCGACCCAUGCCCUGUUGGCACACUGCUCCGAGGCCUCGGGCAGAUCGCAUGGCUUCUCUUCCUGCAGGAAAUGAGACAUUGCAUUAUCACCUUACUUCAUGUCAGUCUUUCUAACUUCUAAAAUUGGGAUGGUCCUGGCUAUGCUACAGAACCUCAGAGGAAUGUAAAGGAUAAAUACAGGAUAAAUCCUUGGUCUCAGGUGGCACUGGUACAUGGUCCUUAUUACCUGUGGCACAGUUGAUUUCAUCCAGGUAGACAUUUGUAGGCAGAUGUCAAAAUGAAUCUUAUAUCAAACAGCACUAUUGCCUCCUUCAUCCCAUUGGGAGCCUCAUGAGAGCUUUGACAGAGAUUCUCUUCAGAAAUAAUUGAUCCUUAAAAGGAAACCAUAAGAUUACUUGAAAAAAAGACAGACAUUGCAUGCACCUUGUUUUGCUGUCCGGAAGUGAGUGCUCUGAGGGGGUGUCCUGCUGGUCGGUUGGCAAGGACAUGACUCAUUUGGGCUGUAGGGAUGAAAAGGGCUUCGCUCGCACAGGGACGUGGGUGGAUAGUGGACAAAGGCUUCUUUCCCUAAACCAGUAGAAUGUUUGUGAUUUAAUCGCUUUCUUCACAUUGGAUAAUGAGGCUUUCUCCUUAAUAUGAAUAUUUCUAUCUUCAUGUUUUCUUUUAAAAUGAAGUCUUAUUUUUAUUUCCCCAAAUUCUAGGGAAGAGUGAUAUUAAGUAGGAAAAAUUAAAACCACUACUAAUAAUACAUUACUUUUUAGAAAGGAACCUUUGAACCUUCUUUUCUUGAAGAAGACUUGGGUUGUAAUCACUUGCGUAUCUAAAGCACAUUACGUGAGUGCAACUGCACUGUGCGUUAUGGGUGUUGCACACCAUCUGCAGAGCGCUGUGGGGGUGUCAGGCAGGGAGGAGGGUUUUGUACCAAGGACUGGAUUUUCCUUUCAGAUUUUUUUGGCAGAUUCAAUAUGUACUUCUUUAGGAAUCUUUCACUUUUUCAUUAUUUCAGUCAGUGUGCAUAUAAUACUUUAUAUUUCUAUUCCAAUCAAGAGCUUCUAAUUAUUUUUACUUUUUGCCAGCGGUUGAUAGCUAUAAACACACAUAGUUUAGGUAGUCUGAGACUAUGGAUAGGUUUUUUUAAAAGUUUUUUUGGUUCCUCCAUUGCUUGGCCUUCACUUUUAAAAAAUUGCUCUGCUUUCCAGAAGUUUUAUCAAAAUACGUUGUCAAUUCAAAGGAUGUUUUUAAGAGGCUCAUAGAAUACGGUUUGCCAGAGUGUAUAAUCCAGUAAACCUCUGGUCAUUUGGGGGCAAUGAUUGGAAUAUGCCGGAGCUCUGAACUCGUUUGCAUAUUUCAUCAUGCCCCUCUAUGCAAGGGAUGCCUCUGCAGAUUUUCUCUGUGCAUGUGAGUUCUGCCGUAUUGGGCGUGGCUGAAGUACUUAAUGGGGUGCGUCAGAAUGGGACAGCCAUAACUGCCUGUUUUAUAUUUUAGCUAAUUAAGGUUAAGACAACUUACAUAUCUUUACUUUUCUGUGUUUCAUUGAGAGAAACAGAAUACUUACAACACCAUGAAGAGAAGAAGAUGAUUUGUACGUUCUAAUCCUGUGUGUUAGUAUAGAGUUUAUGGUAUACAAAAUGCUUUCUUAACUAUUACCUCGAAAGACCUUGGGCAAAACAAAAUAUGAAGUAUUGAGUCUGGCCUACAUUUGUAUGCUGUUUUCCUAAGGAGCUAUUUGAUUAAAAUGAAACCAAUUGACUAUGAAAUAGUAGGCACUGGCCAAUUGACUGGCAGUUUUAAGAAUAAAAAAUGAAAUAUCCUAGAACACACAAGGCAGUCUUCUGUGGAGUGGAGGAGCCCGUAGAUAAAACGCGUGGCCUCAGCCAACAGUGGCUUCUUUGACCCGAGGGUGCUCAAGCACAGACUGGGCGACUAGGUGGGGUGUUGAACACAGGGUUCAGGUACAAGAAUAUUUGGACUAAGUGGCUUUUAAAGUCUUGUUCAAAGGAUAUUCGAGGUGUGUAUAUUGUUUCAUUUUAAUAUAGAUGUGAAUGUUUUAAAUCGAGAUGACUGGUAGCACACACGAAGAUGUCCUCAGCUUCUGCCAACAUUGCCUGUGUGGCUUGAGAAAGUUCUUUUGCUUUGGAGUCCUCUAAAACACAGAAUAAGGGAUAAGCCUGGGUUUCCUAAGGACUUUGUCUUUUGGUAAAUAUCUCAGUACAGUCUGGUUAAGAGGAACUCGAUGUAUGUUCCAAAUAGAACUUGUUACUUUGACCGUCUCAAUGGAGUCCACUCAUAUCUCUUCCAUGGUGUUUUCUGUAGCAGCCAAUAGGCUGCUUGACUAUUGGGAGUCACAGCCACCUCAUUCAAUCACUGUCUUUAUUCCUUCCGUCGAGCCUCAUCCUCCUGAUCUGGGUUAACUCUGUCAUCACUGACAUUCCCAGCCCUGUGUCCUCACACGCUCCACAUCAGCUGCCUGACAGUUACAGACGUCUGCAGUUCUGUGAUGUCUGAUUUGCACAUUCUCUAGGCAUUUGUGCUCAUAAACUCUGCUCUCUCCACUUGCCUCCUUUUUUGUUAAACCUGUUUUUUUCCGUUUUAGUUUAGGCAUGAAGGGACACCAAACCUGUUUACUUUCAGACUCAUUAUAUCUCUAAAUUAGAUAAUUUCCCUGACUUCCUACUUUUUUCCUAGCAUCGUGUCCUGCCUUUUUUUCUUAGCUCCACAUUUCAUCUCCUACAUGCUUUUUUAAAGAGUUUUAUUCCCGACUGUAUGGCAAGUUCAAGUCUUAGAAGAGCAUAUGCCCAAGAACACAGUUAAAACAUGAAUACAUGCAGUAGUCAUAUUUUCUUUAUGUUAAUUUUUCUGAUUAUAAAAUUAAACACUUGCUAUAGAAAAUCUUUAAGUAUUAAAAAUGCUUUCAGUCUUUCUACAGCCCAGAGAUAAUUAAUGUUUUUGACUCUUCCCUUCUAGUUUUUUUUAUCUGUGAACCUAAAUGAUCCAGCCUCUUUGUCAUCCCUGCCUCUGCCUAUUUUGUCACAAAAACAAAAAACAAAAUACGCAUACAAGAGUGUGCCGACGUUAGGGAUCCCCUCUUACAAGUCUUCAUUCUGGGGGAGGGGGAGUAAUAUGAGCAGGUAAGGGGUGACAUGGGAAAACAGGUAAAUGUACUCCAACUCUGGAGAAAUGAGCACAAAUGAAUGGAGGGAGGAAUGAAUCAAAUAAGGAAUGUGAGGGUGGAAGACUGCACACUGAGUGACCUCACCUCGUGAGGGUUAUGCUUCUAGGAAGUGGAGGCGGGUGCGUGCUUGUGAGCAGCAGCCGGCGAGAGGGGAUGGCACCCCAGCUCCCAGUGGAGGGUACAUCAAGGGCUCGUGGGAGCACAUUUAAAACAAAUCCCCUUGCUACCAAAUAUACUUGGAAAAAGUGUAUUAAGCCCUGAUACAGAAGUGGGAAGGGAUGCACGAGAGCAUGGGCGCCUUCUUGAAGGCUGGCUACCGCAAGUCCUGAUGAGUCAUCUCUGGCAUUUAGUCUGACCCUGUGGAACAUUUUCUGUAUUCCUGUGUUCCCUGGGCCUCCCCUCAGCUAAUUUAGUUUACAUUGUGGGGCUGGAGCAGUGAGGUGGGAAGAGAGUGAUUGGUUCAGAUUUCAUUUGUGAAAUGAAAUCACACAUUUCAUGUGUGAAAACAAUUACAAGGCAGGCUGUAUGGAAAGAGGGCGAAGGAAGUGAUGUCACUUAUCUUCCUGGUUCAGUCAGAAUGGCAGGAAUUUGUCAAGGGCAGUAUAAUGGCUGCUUUGGAGGAAAAGAUAAAAAAUUAUAUCAAUAACUAGUAUACAAAUACAUAAAAUAGAUAAUAUAAUAAGUGUAUUUGAAACUGACUUCCUUUCUGCAAAUUUGUUUCAUGUUUUCUUUCAAAAUUGGAGUAAAGUAUAUUUAGACUCAUAAGCUUAAAACAUUAAUAUUGUAAAAUGCAAAGCAAAUUAGAACAUUUAGACCACAAUUAUGAUGCAUGACCUCAAAACAGUAAGGGGUGCUGCUGGCAGAAGCCUAACAGUUGCUACAUUAAGUACAUACUUACGGCAAGUUCCCCUCACUCCCUUUAUGGAACACACUGGCUUCCUUUUGACUGAGUUUACGGGGUGACACUGAUUAACAAAGUUACACAGGUGUCGGGUGCACAGGUCCACAGCAGAUUAUGUGUUCACUGUGUUGUGUGUUCGCCGCCCCAAGUCCAGUCUCCCUCCAUCACCGUGGACCCUCCCUUUCCUUCUUCCACGUCCACCUGCCUGCCUCCCAUGGUAAUCAACCCACUGUGGUCCAUGUCUGUGAGGUUUUUUUCUCCUUUUUUCUUCUUUUUUUGCUCAAUCCUUCCAUCCGCCUCAUAGUCCUCCAACCCUCUCUAGAGCUGUCAGCCUGCUCUCUAUCUGUGAGUCUGUCUUUAUUUUGCUUGUUACUUCAUUUUGUUCGUUAGACUCCAUAUAUGAGUGAAAUCAGAUAGUACUUGUCUUUCUUCAACUGGCUUAUUUCACUUAGCGUAAUGUUUUCCCAGUCCAUCCGUGCUGUCGGAAAGGGGAAGGUUUCCUCCAUUUUACAGCUAAGUGGUGUUCCACUGUGUAAAUGUACCCCAGCCUUUUCAUCCAACUCAUCCACUGCUGGCACUGGGCUGCUUUCGAAUCUUGGCUGGUGUAAAUAAUGCUGCAAUGAGCAUAGGGGUGCAUAUGUUCUUGGAACAUUUUUUAAAUAGGCAUUUUCUUUUAAAUGGCUCCACUCUUUACAAAAUACGUCGAUUGUAAAUAGAAUGUUAGAGUGAACUACACACUCUCCAAAAAAAAUUCAGGAGAAACAUUAUUUACUUUGGUGAUUUAUUUUAUCCCAUCGUCUUGGUUUUGAAUUGAACAUUGGACAAGAAAACAAAAAACUUUCCUUAACACUGGAACGAGCCCCUUUUAAAAAGGCUGAUUUUUAGGGCUGCUGGCUAAUUUCCAUUUUCUUUUCUAAUAUUUUUUUCAUAUUUAUAGAAUCUCAGGUUUUCUAAGUUCAGAAGUUUGGAAGAAAGUUUUAAAAGAAGAUCCCUCCUUGGUCAACCACACCUCCGUGGAGGACGCAGGAGGCGCGUGCCCAGGGUGGCAGGGCCCUCGCCGCUGCGCCACCUCCUGGUCCCGGAAAAGGUGGAGGCGGCCGUGCUGAUGCCCACACUGUCUCUGUGGCACAUGGAAAUUGAGAAGUACUGACUUGUAGGCCUUCCUUCUGAUUUAUAAAAUUCUCAUUCUGUACAAGAUCUAAUUAGCCAUUUUAAAACUAUGUGUUUUUAAGCCAUCGAUUUAUAUCUGACAUGGAGAACAGUUUAUAGAACUAGAGUGGUCUAUUAUCAAGGUUAAUCAGAUCGUGUUAUUCCCCUGCUUAAAGUCCUUCAUCCUAUAACUGUCCUCCACACUUAGAAAAAUAAAUUUAGAUUCCUUAUCAAGGCCUACAAGGGUCUACAUGACCUGGCUCCUGACACCCCUACUCCUCUCCCACCUCAUCUCUGACCAGUUUUCCCUUAUUGCCCAGGCCUCAGCCACGCUUGCUGCUGUGUGAAGACACCCAACCUCGUUCCUGCUCUCAGGCUUUUUAUGGUUUCACACAACUGGAACAUUCUUCCUUUAGUUGGCUUUUCCUUGUUGACCAGGGGCCUGCUCAAAUGUUGCAUUCUCAUAGAGGCAUCUGUCGGUUCCGUGGCAGUGCAGUGCCUGGAAAGGUAAAAACCACAUUUCCCUUACCCCUUGCUGCUGGAUUCCAACGUGAGAUUCAGGUUUGGCCAUCAGACGCAGGGUGUGAAGUGCGAGAGGUGAACGCGGGCUGUUUCUGCUGGGGUCUCAUUAUUCUCUGGCUUCCGUGGCAGGUGUUCAGACGUCUGUCGCUUAUGUGCAUCUCCAGGGGCGGAUGCGGGGUGCCUGUCGUGUUAGAGGCCAGUGGUUCAUGGCUGGGCCGUGGCUCCCAGAGCAGCUCAUUUCUGCAGUGCAGCCUGGGGAGUAUUUCCCGGACACUCAGUCUGGACUUGUUCUCCAGCCUUGCCAGCAGUCACAGUCUGACAAAUCACAGUCUUAAACUAGUGAAGUGAUUCUGUUGUCUCCCAUCAUACCCUAACCAAUGUUCGUGCUCUGCCUACCUACCUUCUCAGGCAGCCCUUACCCGCCCUGCCGAUGCCCUUCCUGGCACUUACACAGUCCCGAAUGAGGAAUAGAUCUCCUUCUCAUGCACCACGACCUCCCUCACUAGGAUCUGUGUUUUCUGAGGGUAGGCGUUUGUACUUCUCCUCUUUGCUUAUUCAUACCCAGAACAAUGCCUGGCACAUACUAGGUCUCAGUCAGUAUUUGUUGAGUGGACUUACGUGCCAGCUCCGGAUUUUGGUUGCCUGCCUGGAGACUGGAGAUGGAGACCGAAGGCUGCAGUGGGGUUCGGUGAGGGAGCAGCAUCGUUAACAACUGGCGUUUGUGUGCAGGGGCAGGGCAGCAGGGCCCGCCGUCCACCGGGCCUGCUGUGGGCUGCAGCCCAGGCGCAGCGUUCACGCCCGUGUCUGGGAAAUCCUCCCGAGGGGUUUCCUUAUUGGAAAAGUCUGUUACAGUUGCACGUGGGACUGGUCUGACAGUUUCUAGUCUCAAGAAAGUCAUUUAAAAUUUUGCACGAUGGACUACUACUCAGUCAUAAAAUAAAGAAGAAAAUUUUACCCUUUGUGACAGUGUGGAUGGACCUGGAGAACGUUACACUAGUGGAAUAAGUCAGUCAGAGAAAGGCAUGUACCAUAUGAUCUCACUCAUAUGUGGAAUCUAAUGAAAAAAACGGAAUUAACAAAUGAAACAGAGACCAACUCACAGAUAAAGAGCAGGCAGACAGCUCUGGGGUGGAGGGAUUGAACGAAAAGGAGAAAGGGCUCAUGGACAUGGACAGCAGGGUGGUGAGUGCCGGGGGCAGGGGCAUAAGGGGGAUAAAUGGUAAUGGAAAAAUGCAAUAAAAAAUAAAUAAAAAUUGUCAAUUUUACAAGCUGGGUAAUUUAGAGUUUGUAGACUUACCUUUCUGGAACACUUCAUUCCUUGAAUUAGGGUAAUUCAAAGAAUAGCAAAAUAUCAUUUUCCUUAAAGUGUUAGAAUUCGUAGAUGGCCAUAAACCAAAUACAUACAUGACUAUAUUAAUAAAAAUGUGUCCUAAAGUUGUUUUUUCUUUAGAUCAGCUAAAUCUAGUCCAGUGUAGCUAGCAUUUCUUUUAUUAAAAUGGAAUGGAACAGAAUGUAGUGUACAUAGGAAUGGCAGGUAUUUCUGAAACUUUAGUUUCAUGGGGGGCACUGUGUGUAUGUGUGUGCGUGCGUGCGUGUGUGUGUGCGUGUGUGUGUGUUGUAUACCCUGGGUCAUGAUGAAGGUGGCGUCUCCUCCUGAAGAUUCAAGUAAAAACUUCUUGGAAGACAUGGAGAGAAAACUCUAUGAUCUACAACUCUACACACAAGUACUGCUAAGACUGAAAGUUAGAAUGUUGUCUGUGGAGAGACUUCAUGUCUUGUCUUUCCAAACCCCAGACCUGGAGCCAACGCCUGAGGCUCGCUCAGUGUUCACACAGGUGGGAAGGCAGGCGAGAGUGCAGGCGCCCCUGUGUGGGCUGGUACUAAUGCUCCGCCACGGUCUCAUCUUCAGGCUUUUCAGUGCAGCGUGGAGGAAUUGCUGUUACCUCAACCCUGCUUCCCAAGUAGAGAAAAGGAGUCUUGCUAUGAUUUUUAUAAUUGUCUUCUUAUUGCCCUGAGUAUAAAGGAAGAAAGUAAUUCUGAGGAUUAGCCUGAGCCACUUUAAGCUGUAAAUUACACGUGACUCCUUGGCUUCUUUCCCACUUCCCCUACCUCCAGGGUGAGGCGGGGCAUCUUUGCCAAGGUUGUCCUAAAUAUUCUUUACAGAAUUGUCAUUACAGCAGGAAGGUUGUUUGUUACCUGGGCCAUGAACCAAGGAGACCAUUGCUGGCAAAGCCCCAUCUGUCCUCUGUUGUCCUUAGAAAUUCAGCUCUAGCCCAAAACUUCCUACUCAACCAAAAACUGCAGGCAGUCACUGCCCUCCAUAGAAGGUGGGCUGAUGUCUAUCUGUGCUCAUCCAAACCUCCUUGAGGCUCUGACUUCCCAUCCCAAACGUUCCAGCCUCACAGCACACCCUUUGGGGGAGGGGUGUGAUCAUUUCCACUGAGUCUCACAGCAUUAUAAUGAGCUGAACUCAGCAGGAGGCAGUACACGUAAGACUCAGCUGUGGGCUCCGAGUCCCGGCUGUACCUCUCCUGCGCUUGGGAAUGUUCUCACACAUCUGGGCCUUGCUGUCUCAUCUGGAACAUGGGAACCUAGUAAAUGCGCUUGCUGUGGGGCUGCUGCCCAUAAAAUUAUAAGCCUCCUUGCCCCGAAACUGCCAGCCACGAAUAUUUCUCGAGGAUCUGCCGCUCCCCUGAUGCUGUGGGGAGUUUAGGAAAAGCUGUCAGGGAGCUUACCGUCCUCUGUAGGGGAAAAAGUCCCGUGCACUUGACCCAUGAGCAGAGCAGCAUAACCGCCAUGCUGUUCUGACUUAGAAAGAGUGGCUGUGCAGGUGGGUGAGCUUUGAAGGGGGUUUUGGUUGUUUUUUUUUAAACAAUUUCUUGCUAUUCAAAAUAGCAAGAAAACGAAAUCUAAAAUGCCAGUUUAUUAAUGUUAAAUCCAUUUUAUCUGAACCAGUUUUAUCAGCAGAUUCUGUCCCAAUAGGUAAAACUACUAAGAAGCUGUACAAUCUCAGAAAUUGUUUAACUGAUGUGGCCUCAGGACAAAGGAAGUUAGAAGAAUUGAAUAAUUAAUGUCAUUGAACUAAGGCAGUUUGACGUAGCCAUUUCCACUGGGGGUGAGCUUGCCAGUGGACCACAAACGUCGGAGUUCCCUAACUGCAGCUUAUGUACCCAUCUCCACGCUGGGAGAUUGUCCAUUGUACCAAAAAUGUAUCCGCACCCAUUAGCUAAGGCUCCUUCUCCCCUGGCCUGUGCACGGAAGGAUACUGCUGUUAUUAUCUGACUGACAAUAGUUGACAAUGAGUAUUUCUUUAGAUAUUGUUUAGAUAACUUCAUACGCAGUGAAGUUAAAGUGAAUCCUUCUAGUUUGUUGAGCUCUUCUUUUUCUUCAAACUAUUGUAUCAUUGUGUUAUAGAUAGUUACAAUAUAAAAAUUAGGAAAUACAGAUAAGCAAGAGGAAACAACCCGUAAUAACAUUUUGCACAAUAGCAUUGCAUUGUGUAUUUAUUAAAUAGCUUUGUUAUGUUAACAGACAACCCCAAGAUCUCAAAGUCUUAAAUCAGGUAUUAACUUUCCUCUCCAAUUAUGUAUUGGUGGUUCCGGGGUGGCCGUGUCCAAGCUCUGCCCUGCCCAAGUGUCUUCUCAUUUGGAGACCCAGCCUGAAGGAACCAUCCCUCCACGUACAAGCCCGUGCUCCUGGCAGAAAGGACAGGAGAGCCUGAGCACAACCGCACAGGACAUUCCAGCUUCCCCUGGAAUGUGACGUAGCUCACAUUCGCUCAGAUUCUAUUGGCCAAAGCAAGUCACAGAGCAAGUCGGUGAAGUAGGAGUGUUUCCUUGGGAAAUUCUGGGAGUAGGGUGUAUAGGGGAUAUUUGUGAAAAAUAAUACAAUUUAAGAUAAUUUUGGUUACAAAUAUUCCCUUUCUCCACACAUAAAAUACACAUGUAUACAGUAAUUCAAAAGCCAUAUUCCACUUUCCUGUUCAUGAAUAUUCCCUUCCAUCCACAGGCGAAACAUACUCACCUCCACCCGAAGAUGAGUCAUCCAGCAACAUAUGUUGCAUUCUUGAGAACUUUUACAAUGUAGCUAUAAAUGAACACACAUGGCAGUGGUUGUGGUCUGCCCUGUUUCAAUUCAUAUCUUAAAACUGGAUAUAUCAACAUGUAUUUCAAUGGAAUUUUAAUGCUUGCCCUGAAUUUUGUAACAAUAUAUUGCUAAAAGUUACUUAAUCAGGCCUUCAUUAGUAAACAUUGGGAUUGUUUUUAGUCUUUGCCAUUUUAAACAACUGUUCAAACUAAACUUUAAAAAAUUUCUUCAGCUCAGUAUUUCCUUGGGAAUUAGUGAGUCAAAGGAUAAAUGCAUAUUUUUAGUAGUUCUUUAUUUUUUAAUUCCCUGUUUAUCACUUUUUCCAAUUUUUUUAAAAUUGGGAUUUCCUUUUUUUUCUAAUUGAUCUAAAAAAAUUACAUCUUAGGGAUUUUUUUUUACCCUUGUCUGUCAUAUGUGUUGCUUAUAUUUUUUCUAACCAGCCCUUUGACUGUAUGUAUGAUAUUUUUUUUAACUUUCAGUUUUUGAGUCUUAAGCAGGGCACAGACAUUAUAUGGUAUGAAAUUAGAAUGAAACACAAAGAGGAAAUGAAAGCAAUAGCACUAGAUAGGAGGUCUCCCAGGAACUGGUCAGGACUGAGAUGGAAACUCAAAAAAGAGCCAGAAGCAUCAAGAGUCUCGUUUUUCUUGCCAGAGGGAAAGGGGGCCUGGGGAGAGGACGGAGAGGGAAAGGGAAAAGGUUCUCUCUCCUGCUUCUCUUCACCCUCAGUGUCUACACUUCCCACUGGUAUAGCUCAUCUUCUGGCCCCUCUCAGAAAGAGACACUCUCCAUUUCUAGUCUUGGAAAGAGCAAAAUGUUCAGAAUAAAGCCAUUGAUCCUUCUUUGAGUGACAGUAAAGUCUGUGUUUGAAGAGAAGAUGAAAUAUAUCUGUUUUCAAUUGGGAAGCAACAUUUUGGUACAUUAUGCUUUGCUUUGGUUUUUGCUUUUUCAUCUUUUUGGCAUCUUUGUUUUAGAUCUUACCUGCCAGGAGCUUUCCUUUUUGAUGAGUCAGCUGCUUUUUAAAAUCAGUGCCACAAUUUUAGGAACAAGCCAGUGAUGUUGCAGUAUUUUCAGGGUUAAAAGCAUUUUGAUUAAAGUGAAAUUUGUCGGUAUACUUCAAGCCAAAUUCUGAAAAUGAUUACUUGGAGUUUCACCUGCAUUCAUUUCCAUUCCUGUGUUUUUCAAAUAUCAGGUUACUUACUCAUUUUCAGGCUUAGUGUUAUAUAUUCUCAUUACAAACAAAUUCAUGCUAUUUACUUUAUAUUUAGAAAAUUGAAGAUUAGCAACUAGCCUUUUAGAAAUAGCACCCAUUGUGCCAUAAUCACCCAGUCUUCGUGGAAGUCAUUUCCUUGUUAUUCAUUGUAACUACAAAUCCCACUUCCAAGGGAAUUCUGUAUGUGGGAGUCUGAUUUCUGUAUGUGCUUAUUUACACCAACAAAAAUGGCACAUUGUUUUUAUUCUUAAAGUUUGUUUUAAACUGUUUCUUGAAAAGUAAAUGCUUGAUCCCCUCAGUUCAGGCCUCCUGAUACUGAAGAACUGAAAGAAAGCAAAGCUGAUUUGAACCUCCCAAGAGUCUGUUUAAAUACCUGUGGGUGCCUUGGAGGGACAAUAACUCAGUAUAACUCUGGAUAAGCCCUUCCUGAGCCAGGCGGGGAGCUUCCCUGUCUUUUACAUAUGCAUGACAGAAAUCUCAACUGUGGUUCCCAGACUGCGAAUUCAUCAAGGAGAAAAGCCCCCUCCCCCCAAAUACCCAAAGAACAGCCCAGGCCCAGCUGGUAGUGCCGCCUUCCUGUGAGUGCAGUGCUGGCAGCAAAAAAUUAAAGGACACUUCAAGCAGCUCUUGACCCUGGCAGGUAAGAAGAGUUUCUCCUGCUAGGAUUUCUCACCGUCCCGUCCUCACAAAACCACGGAAAUCGAGACAGCACCAGAAAAGAGACAGAAAGACAGGUUAGGAGAACAGGAAAAUGGCCCCGGUUGUAGCGCACAAAACAAUAACGCUCCUCGUGUAAAGAGCGCCACUUGAGGCAUAGAUGUUUUGCAAAUAAGCUAACGUUUUCAGUGAUUCCCGUGCGUGACCCUGAGAAUAACCCACAAGUAGGUUACAUGUAUAUACUUACACACACAUAACAUUUCCCUACCUCGUGGAAUUGAAAACUGAAGCUUGGAGAUCACAGGUAGCCAAGGCUUUCCUCUGUGGUAAAUGGCACGUCUCCCCUCCCCAUCCGUCUUUACCACUGAGCUCUGUUGCCUCAGUAUAUGAUUUAUUUCACUGAUCAGGCCAUGUUUUGAUGCCAUUGGGGAGGAUGCAGAUCUGACAUCUAGAGUUACAGUUUCAUCUAUUUCAAGAUGAUCCUUUUUUUUUUUAAGAUUUUAUUUAUUUCUACAGAGAGAGGAAGGGAGGGAGGAAGAGAGGGAGAGAAACAUCAGUGUGUGGUUGGCUCUCACGUGGCCUUCAGUGGGGACCUGGCCCACAACCCAGGCAUGUGCCCUGACUGGGAAUCCAACCAGUGACCCUCUGGAUCACAGCCUGUGCUCAAUCCAUUGAGCCAUACCAGCCGAGGCUUUUUUAAGAUGAUCUUAAAUAUGUAGAAAGAAAUGUUAGUUGCAAAUUGGUCAUUUCAGCCUUCUUCUACAGAUGGAUGAGUUAUCACUGUAAGGCCUGGUAUCAGUAAAAUCACUCAAGAGUAUAUGUAGUCAACCUUACAAUUCCUGGGAAACAUUCUGCCUUGACAAGUAAAAUGUUAAAACUAGUGGGAUCUUAAAGAAUUUUUUUUGUUUUGGCUUUUAUUUGUAGUUCUUUCACAUAAUUUUUGCCAAGAGUUGUAAAUGGUCCUGUGAACAUAGUAUUUCACACCAAAGACUUUUCUGUGGUUUGUUUCGUCAGAUCGAAAAAAAGAUUGUGAUGAAAUAUUGUCCCCCAAGGCUCUGGCCAGUGUGGCUCAGUGGUUGGAGUAUCGUCCCAUAAACAGAAAGGUUGUGGGUUCAGUUCCAGGUCAGGGCACAUACCUAGGCUGGGUUUAGUCCCUGUAUGGGGCACAUACAAGAGGCAGUUGUUCGUGUUUCUCUGUCACAUAAAUGUUUCUCCCCUUCUCUCCGUCCCUUCCCCUCUUUCUAAAAUCAAUAAGCAUGUCCCCCAGUAAGGAUGAAAAGUGAUUUAAAAAUACUGUUCAUAAGUUUCUACUUUGUUUUAUACCCUUGGGAAAGCUGAGGGCUAUACCAACGUAAAGCUCUUUACAACUGGUAAAUAAUUCCACUUUAAAAGUAAGUAUCACUUAAAGAGAAAAAUACUAAAUAUUACCAAAUAAACUCAGUGUAUUUGAAGAAAAUUCACCCUGACAGAUAUAUGUGUAUAUUCUGUUAAACAUUUCGGAAUUUAUUUCUGGUGCACUCUUAGGAAGCCACUUUCCUUUCCUUCUCCAGUGGAGGACUUAACUCAGACCCCACUGGCGCACACACAUUUGGUUUAACCCGAGUGCACUACGGUGGUCAGCUGCGCUCUGUUCAUAAUGAGUGUGGUUCUGUUCUGUCCUGUGUAGGAGGCGCCUUGCUCUGUGCCCGGUCUUAGGUUGUUGUGCAGUCUUCACACAGGGGCUUGGCAAAGUAGGUUCCUAUAUAUAGGGUUAAAAAUUGUAGCAAGAAAAGGGAAGCUUGUUUUAUCAUUGAUAUUGUACCAAUUCAAAAUAUAUAUCAUUUCCUGUGACCAGUCUUUUUAUUUGUAGAAUUUAAGAUUAAUAUUAUUUUAUAAACUUGUAGAACUGUAAAUCUGCAAAGACCUUAGCAAUCAUACUUUCUGUACCAUGGAGUAAAUGCAGCCUGGAGCCUUGAAGGGACUCUUCCCAGUUGUGUGCGGGAGGCCGCCACUGCUUCGCUUUGCUCAGGGACUCUGAAUCUCAGUCCUGCACCAUUUCUCUGCUGCUGUUUCUUUAGACCGAGGCAGAGGGAAAGGGAAAAAAGACCGACAGGAGCGGAGGAUGCAGUGUUCCAUGGACUGGCCUUGACUGUUAUGUUGGGAGAUCCAUUGGUUUUGAAGUCUGGAGGCCUUGGCUUCUGUCCCUGUCUUUGCCUUGGUUUUGAUGUCUUGGGAAAAUGGUUUAACUUUCUGGCAUCAUUUUCCUCUUAAGUAAAAAUUGUCUUUUCUGCAUUGUUUUAUAUAGCUGGCUCGCUGGCAUGAUUUUGUUUUUAGUUUGUUUUUUAUUGGGGAAAUGUGCCUUUUAAAGAAUUUUGUAUACAGUGAUGUUUCUUUAAGUCUUUAUUCUCCAGAGUUCAAUUUAUAAACAGGUAACUAUGUUUAAUUAUAAAAUUAUAAACCUCUACAGCUGCCUAGAUGCUGUUACUCCAUUCUGCGGGCCAGUGACCAAGUUGUGUUUCUGCUUAUUCUUAGCUCCCAAAGCAAAUUGUUGAUUUUAUCAAACAUGGUUUUCAGGUAAUUAGAAGUGUAGCAGAAAGGUUUAAGAUGACAGAUUUGGGGUGUCGCCUCUUAAGCAAUGUUUACACUGCUUAAGUGGUGCCUUAUGUCUUUGAGAACUUGGUCCAAAGAAAAACAGCCACACUCUAGAAAGUACAUCAUAUUUCCUAUUACUAAUAUAAAUAUAUACCCUUUUGAUAACUCAUUCAUGACAACCUAUAAAGUAUUCAUACUCUUAACAGCAUAUAUAAUAAACUCUUAGACUUUAUGUACCUUUUCAUUGAUAUCUAAUUAAACGAUUAAAUUAAGAAGUCAGUAUUCAAAGGGAAACAGAGGAAAUGCUGCGUUAUUACCUCAUUCUUAUUUUUAAAAGGUACAUUGUACUUGAUGUUAAUGUGAAAGCCCCAAAAGAUACUUGUGAAUUUCGGGUCCUAUAUCUCAAGUAAUUCUUGCCUAGGAAAAUGAUACAGGGUUUGACUAAAGAAAGAUCCCAUCAGCUUCUCUUGCAUAUGAGAAAGCCCCACAUUAUCCAAAGUUUCCAGGAAUUUUAUUAUUGAUUAACUACUACGGUGAAAAUUUUGUACUUGAAAGUAAUUUUAAAAAAUUAGCUAUUCCCAGUGGGCCUAGUAAAGAAAAGAAGAAUUAAGAGCAGAAUCUGUAGCUUGGUUUUUUUCCUUUUUCCUCACUGCAGUUUGUGCAGUGUACUGGGAAGAACUGCAAUGAACUUCGGUUUAAAUGAUGAAAAUAAUUAAAAGCUGUGCAUAUUGUAUUUUCCUGUCUUAUCACACACCAUUCUAUAUCUCAGUAUGCCUAUCCAAAAGUUUCUUAUUAUUAAUUUGUUUUUUAAACCAUUUGAAUUCCUUUUAUUUUUCUCUUAUCAUUAUAUAUUGCCCAGUAGCUGUUCCACCACAUGAAAUCUUUACCAAGAAUUACAAACAUCCUAGCAAAAAUUUUCUUCAUAUAGAGUAAUUGGCCAAGUGAGUCAACUCACUGAAUUUUUAAAGCUGCAGUUUUCACCACCUAUUACAAAUUGUCACCAUGGAAGCAAACUGUAGAACCAAAUGUUGGUCUUCUUUCUUAAUUGGAAAUGGGGAUAGCCUGGGUGGGCUCACUUGUUCUAGUUAAUGAUCCCAAACUGUAUAAUGUCUCAAACGCAGUAGAGGUUUGUUGAUUGCUCAUCCACUUGUCCAAGGCAGAUGUUCCUGGUGAGCGAGUUGCCUUCUGUGCAGAAACAUAGCAGCCCCUUUCCAUUGUGUGGCUUCAUCACGCCCACGGACGUCUUAACUUUUCUCUCUCUUGCUUGUAAAAGGGGAAAGAGAGCAGGAGGCAUACUGGUUCUUGAAGAGGUUGGCCUGCAAGGGGCACACGGUCCUGCUGUUCAGGUUCCUUUGGUAGGAGUCCUGCUGCAGGCGGGGCUGAGAAACAGUGUCUGGGUGUUCCCAGCAAGGCCCCGGUACCAUGGAGGAGAAGAGGGGCUUGGGCUCACGAGAGGAUGUUCGUUUCCCAGCAGGUCAUCUUUCCAUCCGUUCCCUGGUGAGCCUGCUCGAGUGAGGUUUCUCCUUUGGGUCUUCAGAUGCUCUCAGAUGCAUUCAUUUUUAUGGAGUCGUGCUGUCUUCAUUAAUAGUAAUUUUAAGUUUAAACAUUUCUACAUAUUUUCUUGAGAGAGCUGGUGAUAUUUUUAAAUUUAUUUUUCAGUUACAAUUGACAAUGUUAUAGUAAUGUCAAGUGUACAGUGUAGUGAUUAGACAUUAUGUACCCUGCAAAGUGAUCACCCCAAUAAGUCUCUAGAACCUAUCUGGCACCAUACAUAGUUAUUAUAAUAUUAUUAAAUGUAUUUCCUAUGCUGUACUUUACACCCCCAUGACUAUUUUUAUAACUGGCAAUUUGUACUUAAUCCCUUCCACCUUCUAUUUUUUUUUAAACUUAUAUAUUGCUAUUGUUCUCUUAUGUAAGAACCAACAUAAAACCUGUCAUUCCUAAUGAAACGGGAACAUUACUUAGAAAUUAGUACUCCUACUUCUGAUAAAGAAGCAGGAUACAUAUACCAUCUGGGAUGGUAUUUGUAUGAUAUAUAGGUACUGGUUUCUCUUUGCUUUGAAAACAAAUGGCCAUAAACUUCAUAGUCUGAAAACGACACAAAUGUAGUAAGCUCUGCUUCUGUCCUUACAUUUCCUCUGACUCUGACCCUCCUACUUUUCUCUUAGAAGAACCCUUAUGGCCCCAUUGUGCUCACUGAGAUAACCCAGGAUAAUCCCCCUGCCUCCAGAUCCUUAAUUUCCAUCUUAAAAGUCCUUUUUGCUGUGUGAGGUAGUAUAUUCAUAGAGUAACAAAAAUAUCCUGAUCCAGGGAAGAGGAUGUGUGUACAUCUUUGGGCGACCAGUGUUAAGUUAAACACACUAGGUAAAUAAUGUGCAGCCUUCUUGCAGGCAAAAGCAAUACACCAAUGAAAUGAAUUUUUGAUGCUUUUCAGAAGACAGUUUGUUCAAAUUGCUGAUUCUAGAAGAAACUGUAGAGAUUAUCUCAUCCAAUACUCAUACUUUGUAGAUGAGGAAUGCAGGUCCCUAAAAACAUGAGAGACUUGUGCUGGAGGUCAUUGAGGUCACCAAGGCAGAGCUUGGAAACCUUGUGGGGAGUUUAAGAUAAAGGGAGGGAGGUAUCUUGUUCCUCUCUCAGAAUUCAAUUUGAGGCUUUAAAAACAUAAUAAUACCAGUACUCAAAGAAGACAGCAUGUUUCCCAAUCUACUUCUGAUAGCAAAGAAAUGAUGUUUCAGCCUAUCGUGGACUUAAAAUAAAAGAAAUGUUGCUUCAGAGUGUUCCGUAGGCUGCUCUUGUUUAAAUAGAUCAUCAAGGAGACAGGCUUCAUAUUUGAGAGAACAUCUUUUAUGAUGAGUGCUAUCAAUGUCAAGUACUUUUGUUGCUGGCUAGAAAGGGAGUGGCUAGUAGAAGUACUGCAGAUUCUCAAAUCUUGUAAUUAGCCCUUCGUUCUCUGCCCUUCCAUCUCUACCUGUGUUACCCAGCACUGUAGCCACUGGGCCCAUGUGGCUGUUGAGUGCUUGGUGCGUGACCAGUCCAGAGUGAAGUGCUCUUUGAGCAUGAGAUACACAGCAGAUUUCAAAGACUUAGUGCAGAAAAAAGAGGUGCAGAAUAUCUUACUAAUUUUUAUAUUGAUUAUAUGUUGAAAUGAUAAUGUUUUAGAUAUACUAGGUUAAGUCAAAUUUGUUGUUUAUUUUGCCUGUUACCUUUUUACUUAUUAUAAUGAAACUACUAGAACAUUUUAAAUUUUACAUGUGACUUUCAUUGUGUUUCUGUUUCACAGUACUGCAUGAAACUUUUCCCCCAAAUUAUCGAUGGUGUGAUUUGAUUCUGAACACCCUCUCCCUCAUCCCAGUCAGAAUGAGUAGUGGUAGCAGAGCUCAAGUUCUUAGACUUGGCUCAAUAAAGAUUAAAUGUCUCAUUUAACUUAUAUUCACAAACCAGUAAACUCAUCAUGACUUGAGUGAUUGUGAUACUAGGUUAUUUUAAUAUAGGAAAGCCUUGAUAAUUCUGAGGGCAGAUUAUCAUUAGUAUCUGAGUUAAGUAGUAUUUUCAAAGAAAUACACUUCUCUUUGCUUCUAGGAAUAUGUACUAAAACAAGCUAAGCCAAGUGCUGCUUAGUAAAAUAGGCCACAGAGAGUAAUGGAAAGAGCGUAGCUUUUAGGAUCCUAGUAGAUUCCACAGUGAAUUCAAGUUUUUACUUCAGCUGAACAACUUGAGGCAAUAUAGCCAACUUCUCUGAAACUCAUCUCUAAAGUAAGAUUAAUAGUAGCUACCUACUAGGCUUUGUCAUCAGGAUUAGAGGAUUAAGUGAACUGAUACUGCGAGUGAAGUGUCUGGUUCUGUAAAGUUCGCUGGGGUGAGGAUUAACCUGUAGGAAGUUAUGAGGGAUUAGUCUCCAGAUCUUACCUGAGGCAGGUGAGCUGAGGAGGAGAAAGGAAAAGUAGUUGGACUGUGAGGAAGUCUCAGCAAGGACCACAGCCGACCCUCCUGGGGCCCUGAAACCUCGAGGUGGCUCUGCAGGGCUGUCCUGCUGGGGGACGAAGGGGCCAGGCAGCCACUGCCUGGUCAUCAGAUGCAGGCAAUUCCGCCCUAGUAACUGUGAACAUCACAAAUGGCAAGAUAUCAUCCUGUGUUAUGGCUGAGUAAUACUCCAUUGCAUGUAUGUACCAUGUCUUUAUCCAUUUCUCUAUUGAUGGACACUUUGAUUGCUUCCAUAGCUUGACUAUUGUAAGUAAUAAUUUUAAUUGAAUAUGUAGGUGAGAAGUAAAAGAAGCUUUCAUCUGGAGAAGUCCCUUACUUUUUAAUUAAUUAAUUUGAGGUCUAUAGAAUGUUUUCUCCAGAGACCAGGAAACUGCCACUACUUGCUCCCAAGUUGCCCAGCAGGGGCUGGGGAUGGGGUGAUAGUGGUGGAUGGGUGUUCAGGGCACAGGAACAGGGAUGUUUUGUUGAUGAUCGUGUCCUAUUUGGUGGCUUCGGCAUAGAUAAUAAUCUUUGUUACUAAAAUGAAGCUGCGGCUUCACCCACUGCAUUGUUUGUUUCAUGAAACUCAGGCAGCAAUAGAAUCAGGUCCCCAAAUCACAGGACUUUCAGAGCUCAGCAUCCAUACUCCCCACUUCCUACAAAUAUACCACCUACGCAUCAGGUGCUACAGUAAGUGCUUCAUCUGUGUUCCCUCUCCACUAUCUCCUGUGAUGUCACUGAUAAGGACCCGGAUUCUUGGCUAAACAAAAAAAGGAAACUGACCCUCAGUAACUUAUGGGUGAAAGGCAUGUAUUGGAAGGUUACCAGGGAGCUCACAAAAAUGGAUGAGGAGGCUGUUGAGAAUCGUAGUAGGAAAGCAGGUUCUAACCAAGGGAGGCUCAUAGCAGAGGAAAAUGCCACGUUGCUUCCAUGGGAAAGAUGUAGUCAUGACCUUGCAGCUGCCACCACUACUACAACAGGGCUGCUCUGUCACUGACCCCGUGUCUUUGUGUCACUCCCUUAGGAGCACGAAGUGGCCAAGCUGAGGGCACAUGCCCUUUGCUCGCAGCUUAUAGCUGCCCUGUUCAUCCCCCAGCCUUUGGCACACAGUGGGGGUUCCCCCUAAAGUAGGACGUCAUUGUGAGUAGCCUAAAAAUCAAUGACCACUAAGUCAUGUUUUUCCCCCUUUUUCAUUGCAAUUUAGAGAAUUUAGGUAACUUACCUGGAAGCGAUACAUCCAAUUCAGUGAUAAACCAGAAUGUGGAUGCAUGUCUGUUUGGCCCACAGCCAUGGCGCUUUCCUGCCACCGUUAGUGCUGUUAACCUGGUAGAAGCCACAGUUCAGGGACCUAGCCACAGUGGAAUUUGGAUGAGGCACAGCGUGUUACACUGAAAUCUGUCGUUUUGUUUUGUUUGAACGUUGCACCUUUCCAGCUGGUUUGGUUCCAUAGAAAUCCUACAGGUGUUGCUAAGGACUCACUUGGUGGGUAGCCAUACUGUAACCAACAGGUUGGGCAAAAGUGCAUUUGAAAUGGCCCCGUAUCCUACAAACUUGGCAAAGUCUGGCUCAGUUUGGGAAGUUGAUCAUCUGAUACCUUGUGAUACAUAUAGUCUAACCUUUUCCUAUUUCACAGGGGACUAGACUCCUGAGUUUGCUCCAAACGCUCCACUGGAGGGUGAGCUGGCAUCGGCCCAAACUCCCAGCCACACCAUCUCCCCCAAAAGUGACCUGAGGCCCGGAGCACAGCUUCGGUGUUAUGGGAAUUUAAAUUGUUCCUAACUCUCUGUAUGUCAUUCUUUUCUGUUAUUCGGAUUCUGGGGAGACCUUGCUGACUGCGAAUAUAAGACAACACCUAUGUAGUAUGGGCAGUUUGUUGUACUGUCUUUUUGAGAAUGCAAGCUAAGGAUAAGUUUGGAAACAGAAAAUAUCCCAAAAUUACCAAAUUUUCAGCUCCUUGUGUAACCAUAUAGCUACUGCUAUUGUGUUACAAUUGCUUAGACUAGUGGUUUUCAGCCAGUGUGCCACAAGAAUUUCUAAAGCAUUCAAUACCCGACCAUGAGUGGGACCUCCAAAAAUGGAACUUGUUUAUUAAAAAUUGUGUGUUUAUUCUUACAUGUUUAAACUUCAGUCACCUUCAAAGUACCCUCCCUCCAUGUGCUGCAAUGCACCUAUUGAGACAUUUUUUCCACUGCUCAAAACAGUUUUUGAACUCAUCGAUUUCGAUGUCUUUUUAGUGCUUCUAUUUUUUGUUUCACUUCUUCCACAUAGGCAAAACAUUUCUCUUUACUCUUUUCAUCCAGGGAAACAAAAAAAAAAAUCAUUCAGGGCAAGAUCUGGUGAAUAAGAUGGGGUGUAGGGGUCCUGCCAUUUUUGGUCAAAAACUGCCAAGUGCUCAGCAUGGUGUGGGCAGCUGCACUCAUAAAUCAUCCAUCAUGAAAUGGGCAAACGUGUUGAUAGAGUCUUCAAAAAAAAUCAUGGAGCCAAACGCAGCCUCUCACAACAGUACCAACUGGUGCACAGAUACAGAUCUGUUUCUGGAACACUCACCUAGCAGGAGGAGCCUGUGCUACAAGAUGCCAGCCCUCCAGAAGGUGAUUCUGGGUUUUGGGGGUCCCGCCUUGCAUUUAGUCAAAGGCACUGACCUCUUUUCCCUUAGAUUGUCAAGUUGAAAAUGACAGCAGCCCACACAACAGUAGCUGUUUGGCGUAAAUCAGAAGUACACCGCCUCAGCCCCAUUGCCUACUUCCCUCAGGGAUGCCUUCCUGAACACAUCAGACCUGGUGCUUUCUUCAUAGCAUGGCGGGAUUUCCUGUUUCAUAUGUGCAGUGGAUUAUUUGAUUAUUUGCUAAGCAAUGAUUAUUUGAUUAAUGUCUAUCCUAAUAUAAGUUCAGUGGGAGCAGCAGUCUGUUUGGUGUUGUUUAUUCUGUUCCAGAUGCUGAACAGAAUAAAUGAGGGAAAUCACAGUGGUGAACAGAAUCAGGGGUUGGUCAUUUGCACUGUACAGCUUAUAGUUAUUCUUAUGUAGCAGCAGUGGUGGUGCCUUUUUGGUAAGAUGACUUGAAAUUAUUAAGGACUGAUGGAAACUGAUAAGGAAGGGACCAAAACUACCAAGUGAACUAAGCAAAAAAAUUGAAAAUGACAUUUUGUGGUUUCAGGUGACUUUCGGAUAAAUGAACGUGGGGCAACAAGAUCUGGCGUGCUGUCUGCACAGAUCAUCUUGUUUUUUCACAUUGCACGUAGAGUCAUGUAUUCUGAUCGGCAGUUUCUUACUUAGGUAAUAAUUUGUCUUUGGUGUGAGCUCCUCGGGGCUGCCAUCUCUGACCAUUUACGGUGCCCAGUGUGUGUUAAAUACUCAGGGAAUGUUUGUUGAAUUGACACUAAAUGUUAUAAAGGGAUUAUUAUAUGGGCGGGCUUAUGCAACAGAAUAUUUUCUCAGCACUUAACCAUUCCAUCUGUAAUUAUCGGUUUACUCACUGGAAGAACAGCUUGGGGGCCUCUGACGUGAUGCCAUUUCUGUGUUUGCAUUUUGUACGUAUUUUGGGUGGAAAGAAGAGUACCUUCUUUUGGCACAGAGAGGAGAAUUUAUGGUAUUUCCGGUACACAUGGUAGGUUUUUCUGCACCUGCAUAAAGCCUAGUAGCUUCAAGAUAAGGUUCUGCAUUUUUUCCCAUGUGAUCAUUUGGAAAGUGAUAGUGUCGGUUAUACAGAAUUGUCUUAUGAACACACACACAGAUGCAGCCUCCCCCCUCUAUUCUCCGGUGCUUCUACAUAGCACAACUUAUGUAUGACCCUUGUCGAAACGUCUUCCAUGACUGGCUUUGGUUUUUGAGGGGAAAAUGGUGUUUUUUCAAGUUUGGAACUAUUUCACGCUUACAGAGUGUGUUUUUCCCCUUAAGAAUGUUAUUUAAUUUUAAAUGUAAGAAGGUUCUAUUUAAAGCUCUCUUCCCCAUCCUGUUGCUUUGUAUGUUUGAGGAACAGAUGGAACUUAAGCCUGUGAUAAUAUAGGGAAGACCGAGGGCUGUUAGAGUGAGCUAACGUGUCCUUUGGGUUGAACAUGUCACAGGGAUUUUGACUUCCAGCUGCCAAUUACUGACCAGAGUGAUCCUUCAUUAAAAUUGGGCUUAGUUUACAUUCUAGAUAAUGACUUAUGAACCAAGGAGAUCCACAGCCCCACUGCUAGACAAAGCCUUUCACUUUGGUAUCUAGUUGAGAUGGAUAAAGAUAAGCAUUAUCAGUCCUUGAGGAAAAGAGUCAGUGGACAAAGGGGCGGGGCUGGGAAAUUUGCUCCUGAGACUGCAGUUAAAGGAUAAAGAGUCCAGGGAGCAGAUCCAGCAUCUGUUCUGGUCUGAGUGCUGUUUUGGAAAGGAGUCCUUGAGGGGUGUCCAGUCCCUUUAAGUGGUAGGUUAGUGACACGGGGCGACAGGUGCCAGUUCGGACUCUGAACACAGAGCCCAGCACUGGAGGCAGCAGGAGGCCUCACGUGGCGGCACGGCCAGGGCAUCAGGAGGUAGUCCAAGGGCGUGAGCACGGAUGAAGCCAGGCAGCCAUCACGCGCUGGUUCAAAAGGAGUCCCCCGGAUGAGAAAAGUACCAGCCGGCGAGGCCUGGAGGAAGACAAGAAAAGGAAAGCAGGGAGUGAGUUUUUAUCUAAUUUAUCUAGUUUUAACAUUUAAAAUCAUUUGUUGUUUUUAUGUCCUCUCAGUGACUACAGUAGACAUUGUUCUCUAAAAGGUCAGGCGAUCUUGCAGUUGUGUUGCUGUAUGAAGGGCAGUGGCGCCCGAAAAACGAAGGAUACGUACCUCACUCCUGCUGUCUCAGGGUCAGGAAGCUGUCAUGCGGUUUCCUGGACCUGAUGCUGGUGCCUAAGCUAUUGGUAGAGCCGAUUGUUCCAGUCUCCUCUCUGCAGUUACUGUGCGAGUGGCUGGCCUCCGCUUCAUUUCUGGAGUCAGUCUCUUCCUACUGAAUUUUCCAUUUCCAGGUGACCAUUCCAAGGCUUAUUGCAGUCUGAAAAGAUGUGUGGGCAUGGAUCGUUUGGCCUUCAAGAAGCAAAGAAUGUAGGAGAAAAGCAACCUUUAUUGGAAAUUAGAAAACCUGGACACAAGUCUCAAUUCUGGCACUUACUAGUUAUAAACUCAUGUUUCUGGGUCUCAAGGCAUCUUCAUCUAUAAAACGAAGAGAUUGAAGGCAGUUAUUUCAAAGGGCCUUUCUAGCUCUACCAAUGAGAUGAAGUCCAAAUGAACAGUCUAGAAAAGAAAUCAUUCAUUAGUGCCUUUAUGACAUUAGUGUCGGAUUCUUGAGACAUUGGGCCGUUGACAGCCAUUGCCAGAAAGCCUCGGUGAGCACCUGACCUCCGACUUCGAGAUCAGCAUUCUGUCACUUUCCUUCCCACCACGCCAGUGUGACCUAAAGAAUGAGGGAGACCCGUGAGAUCCUUUUAAGUUAAGUGAAUAUUACAUCUACCAUUCUGUUCUGAAAAUAAACUGCAGCUGGUUUCCUCCUCCCCCCACCCUUUCCCCCUUUCUCCUCCCCCAACCCUUCCAUGCGUGGUGUUAGUUAUACCUCUGGACACUUGGUAUUUAGAAUUCAUUACCACUGUGGCUUCUCUCCAGUCCGCAGAAGCUUUUUCUGCUUAAUGCUUCCGUGACAUUUUCUCAGAGGAAGGCAGCAUCCGCCUCGAUGCCAUCGAUAUUCUCCUGUCUUGCCCACUGGGGGUCUGCAAGUCCUCACUUCACUGAUAUCCUGAAGGCGUUCACUAUUAUAGUUAUGGCAACAGGAUGUUCUGUCCUUUCUACCUCCAACCCCCACCUGAAUGUGAGUGGCCUAAAGUGAGGGCCCUCAUCUUGCGGGGCAGAUUCCCAGCUUGUAACAACUCACAGGCACACGCAGGGUAUUCAGUUGAGCUGAUUUCUCUGAGACUCUGCCUGUUGAUAGGUUAGAGAGUUUUCCUAUUGAUUGGGACACUUUUUAGAAGUCGUUUAGGGCUUAUGUACCAAAUAGUGUCCUCAGUCAGAGAAAGCAUCAGAGGAUAAUGCCUAACAGGUAAUUAAUCUGCACAAUGAAAUUCUCCUACAAUUUUUAUUAGAUGCGGAAGUCACCUUUAUUUUCUGAAGUUCUCAUGGAAAGUUAUUUUUGUACUUUUAAACAGCUGCUGCUCUCCAGGAGGCCUGCCUUCAUUUUAUAGCCAGCAGGCUUUCUAUGCACAGGCUGGCCGACAUCGACACUCAGGCCCUCCCAGAGCAGGAUGGGGCAGGCCAGGGCCAUCCAGGAUGUCUUUGAAGGGGUUUUUUCAUCUCCAAUCUGAUUGUGAACCCCAUAUGUACCUAACACCACAACUGUGGGAGAUUUGAAAUAAAUGGAGGAGGAAGAAAAUAAGACUUGCUCUGAGAACAAUUGGAAAGCCAAGUGUUAUUUAAGAUGUGAUAUAUUACAGGUACAUUCACUGCACCCUCAGUUGUGGUAACACAAGACUGUAAACUGAGUAUCCAGUAGUAAGACUGCUAACAUGUUACACUGGUACACUGGAAUGCUAUGUGCCGCUAUUGAGAAGAGUGAAGCAGCUUUAUGUGUGCUGAUGUAAGGAACAAAGAAUAUAUAUCAUGCUUUCACUUCAAGCCCAUGAGAAGAAGUAGUAUACUCACUCACACACACGCACACACACACAGCACAUGGCUGGAUUAUCUCUGGAAGGAUAAAUGGGAAACUGGCAACAGUGUUUGUUUUUGGGCGAGGGACUGGGAAGCCGGUAUGGGAAGAAAAAGUUCACUGUAAAAUGUCUGUCUGGGAAAAGGCCAGCCAUUGUUGACACGAGAGUGGUUUAUGCAACGUUGAUGUAACCUGACAGCCAAGGAGACUGGACUGGGGUGUGCAUGCAUGAACAGUGAGGACUUCACUGUGCUGGUCAGCAGGGGUGGUAGACGCUGUUGAGUAAGCAUGUGUGUGGCCGUCACAUUGAAAAUGACUGAGCGAGGAGAGCAACAAACCUGCCUCAAAUUUUGCAUUAAGCUCAAACAUUCCUCUGUGGAAACUAUUUGGAUCACUCAGGCUGCAGCUGAUGAUUGGCAUCUUCAUCACAACAACAUGGCUGCUCAUGCAUCAUGUCUUUUGCAUGAGUUUUGCAGAGUUUUUUGGCAAAAGGUCAAAUAAUCCAGGUGACUCAGCCCCCAUACAGCCCAGAUUUGGCACCCUGGGACUUCUAGCUUUUCCAAAAACUAAAAUCACCCUUGAAAGGGAAGAGAUUUCAGACCAUUAAUGAGAUUCAGGAAAAUACAAGGGGGCAGCUGGUGGUGAUUGAGAGAACUGUGUGAGGUCCCAACGUGCCUAUUUUGAAGGGGACUGAGGUGUCGCUGUCCUAUGUACAAUGUUUCUUGUAUCUUCUUGGAUAAAUGCCUCUAUUUUUCAUAUCACAUGGCUGGAUGCCUCCUCGGCAGACUUCUUAUACCUUCUUGUAUGGAAAGAAAUUCCUUGUGUAUGAACUAUUUAUUUUUCAGAAAAAAAUAGGCUGAAUUGUUUUAAAAGAAAGGUUAAUGACAUGAACUACAAUAGAGAAGGGCAGGAAAGAGUACUGUGUGUUUAAGGAAUGUGUCCAUAGGAUAGACAGUCCUCGAGUUCCUGCUCUUCCCCAGGCAGAGCUUUGCUGCUGGGCUGCAGGCUCCGCGAUGCAGAUGAACUGGGGCAGCAGUGAGUGCUGCGAACACAGGAGGUGGCGGUGACAGUGCAGAGUGACUGGGGUACAGUGUGCAGGCUCUUUUAGAAAGGGUGACUGGAGAAAGUCCCUUGAAAAGGUACCAUUUGAGGUAAACUGUGAAUGACGAGAGGCCAGCCGCGUGGAGAGUCAGGGCAGAGCCAGAGUCCCAGGUGGGAGGAUGGCGGACGGGUGUGAGUCAGGAAGGAGGAGGGCUCCCGUGUGCUGUGUGGGCCGAGUGGAGGCCACAGUCCAGUGAACCAGGUUCUGCCAUGUGUGAUAUGCGCGUUUUUGCCCAAAUUUUUGAGGGAAAAAUAAGGACACAGAUUAUACAUGGGUAGUACUAAUUCCGCAUCUAUGUAAAUGUUUUUAAUUCUUUUAUUUAUGGCUAUGCAUUAAAAGUUUAACUCUGAAAAGCAAGUAAUGAUGUCCAUAUGCACAAUAAUAACUCUGAAUACAAUAAUUGGUUUUAUUUCUAAAUAUAAAUAAAUAAGUUAAAUUAAAACAAAAUAAUAUUUUUCCUGAAAGUCUGGGUCAGAAACGUGGGUGAGCAUCAUACUCCGGAGCCCGUCCUACAUGGCACAGUAUGGUAUUAGCCUGGGGCGGAGUGACGGGCCUAACCC